AGAGUGGAGGACGCCAUGUGCUUUUGAGACGGGGCUGGAAGUAGCGGUAGAGCUGGACGCGGCUGCAAUCUUAAACAGAAGGAUCUGAGACGCACAUCUCUUUACCCGAGUGAGAGCCGAGAUGUACCGAAGCAGGCACUGCCUCAGAACUGCGCUGCGGCUGGCCUCGCAGACGUACAGUCAACAGGCGCUGCCGACCUUCUGCGCUCUGCGGAGACUGAAGACCAGCUCUCCCAGCGGCUCCGACGCCCUGGCGGCCCCUCUGCUCGAUGACGCCCCAAAGCAGUACUCCCCCAAAAUCCAGCAGCUGGUCAACGACAUCGCUGGGCUGACGCUGCUGGAGGUGUCCGACCUCAACGAGCUGCUCAAGAAAACCCUGAACAUCCAGGAUGUGGGCAUGAUGCCAGUGGGCGCCAUGGCAGCAGCAGCUCCUGUGCCUCAGGCAGUGGAAGAGGAGGCUGCCCCAGUGAAGAAGGAGAAAACCCACUUCACGGUGAAGCUAACAGAGCUGAAGGCUGCAGAGAAGGUGAAGCUCAUUAAGGAGGUGAAGAACUGCAUCCAGGGACUCAACCUGGUCCAGGUAUGACCCCAGCGUCC